CGCCCGUUGUUUCAGAUGACGUUGAGAGAAGCAGGCCGCACGCGCAUAGCAGGAACCUACUCUGUCAGAUUUCUGUGGAUCAAGGUCGUCGAUUUCUCUUCAAUCACACGGAAAUACGGGAUCGUCUUCUCCCGUCCCCCUUACCCCCCCUUUCUCAAACAGCAUGGCUCAGGAGACAAAUCAGACGCAGGUGCCAAUGCUUUGCACUAUGGGAUGCGGUUUCUAUGGUAAUCCUCGCACCAAUGGAAUGUGCUCUGUCUGCUAUAAGGAACAUCUGCAGAGACAACAAGGAGGGGGACGAAACAGUCCCCCAGGUGAGAAAGCAGCCACAUCUCCUGUAGGUUCUCCAGGUGCUUCUCCAGUAACAGUGGAGUCCACCCCUCUACCCACUACAGAAGCUGGUACCCCGACUGAAGAACGCUCGUCUAGUAGUUCACCGAGCCCAGUAACUCAGCAGAUGACUGCCAUGAGCAUUUCCCAGGACACGGCAAACACUGAUUCAGACAGAGCAGAAGUGGAGGAGGAAGAGGAGGAGGGUUCGUCUAAAAGCACAGGGCCAGUAGGGGAAGCUGCGCAAGCUUCCUCAGACGGAGAUCAGACUCCUGACAAGAACAAAAAGAAGAAUCGAUGCUUCACUUGUAGGAAAAAAGUUGGCCUCACGGGCUUUGACUGUCGCUGCGGUAACCUGUUUUGCGCUAUCCACCGUUAUUCUGACAAACAUGACUGUCCCUACGACUACAGAGGAGCUGCCGCUGCCCGCAUCCGCAAGGAGAACCCCAUCGUGGUCGCCGAGAAGAUUCAGAAGUUAUGAGGACUGAUGGCUUAACGAGCAAAACAAAAUUGUUUGACCUGCAAGUUUUGGAACCAUGGCGCUGAAUAACACCAUUCUAAAAAAUGGAUUCAUUUCUUCAUUGUAGGAUAAGGUGGGUGGGGUCGUUGGGUACAGCCCCUUCUUGACCACUCCCUAAAACUAUCAUCUCCCUGUCUCUCCCAGAAGGACGAUGUUCAGGUGUGAAUGUGUGACAUGCUGAGAGAUAUUGUGUGUGUGUUGUGUGUGUGUUUUUUUUUUUUUUUUUAGAGAUUCAGGGAGAAAAGGGAUUGGUUGUCAGAUGGGCAUCCCUGUGCACCGGGGGGAGGGUGGGCUCUUUAGUUUAUACCCUGGCAUUGAUUUUUUUUUUUGUUAGGAUAUUAACAUUAUUUUUUUAUAGGAGCCCUGCGAUGAGGGUUCGCGAGUCCAGUUGAAGCGGGUGGGAGGGGAACUUCGAGAGGGAUUUUCUGAUAUUGCAAAAAAAAAAAUCUUGCUGAAGAAUAUAGAUUUUAAUGACUACUCCCUCAUUUACCCAUGUAAAAUUAUUUCUCUGUGUUAUUCUUUUUUCUUUUUUCUGGUUAAUUAUCCCGACAUGUCAAAUCCCAGCCUGUGCAUUUUAAAAAAAUUCUCUUUUAUAUAUUGACUUAUCAUGCUAAUGUUGGGUGCAUGAAUAGUUAUCAGAUAAGGUUUUUGAAAGGGGGGAGGGUGGGGUGUAGCAAGAGCCUUGACAUAAGCGAGUGACUGAGGUUUAUUUCCUUUCCUUUUCUGUUUUAAUGAGUGUAUGGCAUCAGAAGAUCUAUAUUAAUAUAUUGUACGUAGCUUGAAUUGUGUGAUUGCAUUCUAUUUAUUUUGUAUUAUCAUUUGGUUGGUUGGUACUGGAGGAUUGGAAGCAUGUGUCCCCCCCAAAAAAGGAAACCCCUUAAUAUUUCUGUCUUUACACAUGCGUUUUAAUGAAUUCGAGCUCCUGAUGGAAUAGUGGAUUGGAGUUUUAGCAAAAAAAAAUGCUUCUUUUUAGAAUCAAAGCACAAAAAUGCUUUUCAGUUCGCACAAACGUAACAAAACGUGCAGAUCCUCUGUGCUAGGAAGCCCGUUGUUGCUAAUGCACGCCAGCGAUAAACGAUUACAUUCUUUGCUCUCGACUGUGAGUGCAAGAUAUUCGUUAACCACCAGCAGACCAAUGAAUGAUGCUAAUGGAACCGGCUAGUAAUUUGUUUAUUAGGCGAUGCCUUUCCGUUCCAAGACAUGUAUAUUUACAAUUUCUUCCGCUUUGCUUAUGUUCUAGUGGAAGAUGCACACAGACGCUUCCCCUGACAGAUAAUCGUUGCAUGCUCGCACAGUUAUUCGGCCAUCUGCAAAGUUUGCUACAGCCACAUUUGCGUUAAGCAACAAGAAUGUAAGACAAAACAACAUCCCAUUGCAUGGGCGACUCUGGUAUUCUAGCAAAUGGGAUUUUUGUUAUCUGAUGUACAUAAUAUGUGGCUGCCAUUCUAAUCAGAAUGUUUAAGUAAGAAUGAGACAGGUUCAGAAGAAAAAACACACACAUGAAAUGUCUGUUUGUGCGUGUGUAGUUUAUUUACUACCCAUAUGUAAGAAGAAAGGUGUUCUCUGUCAUCCUUCAAGUGAAUCCUGUGUCUUUGUGCUGGUUGUGCAUAUUUUAAUUACUAUUAUUCUGAAUUUGUUUUUAGUAAAAGGGCUGAAACAACCAUUUUGUAUUAAUCCUCAAUGUUGUCCAGCAAUCCUCCCUCAUAAACAUGUUGUUUUUUAUUCCCUAUGAUUCGUACUCGACCGCUUGAUGUAGUAGGCUUGUUGAAAGCAAUUUGGUGGAUGUAUCUGAUUUGAAGUCCUGGUAAUGACCUUGCUGCUUUAUUAAGGAAAUAACCUGAGCUUUAAUUAGCACCGUCUGUGAUUUGCAGCAUUAUCCUCGGUGGGGCUGCCAGCUCAAGAGGGCUUUUGUGAAAGGCAGGUGUAAGUGGCUCAGUGAACUGGCAUGUGUACACGCCAUGCUUGGCUGAGCCGGCAUCCUGACAGCCUUUUAAUGAGGCUUUGGAUCACACUCUUUCUGUCUGAAGCGUUUGCUUGAGGAUAAUCCUGCCCUUCUGGCUUUUGGGAGUAGGCAUACAGACUGGGGAAUGGCAGUGUCAUAAUAUGGGAAUGCUGGAGAAAUCUGUGAAUGUAGUCAGCCGCUUGACUAUGAAGCUCCAGCAGGUUAAACGCCAGCUUAAAUGUUGCCUUGAGUGUCUUAUCAGAAUGUUGGCAUUGGAACAUGCCCGUGCGUUAUCCCAUCUACGCUAGCAAUGAUUAACCUUCGUUGUUGCUUGUUAUUGAGGAAAAUGGAGAAGUGAUUUCUUCCUUAAUAGUAACUGCAGAGGAAU